ACAACUAUGGAUGGAACUACUACAUCUGAACCAACCACGACUGAUACCAUUACAACAGAAACAACAACUACUGAUGAUACUACUACAUCUGAGCCAACCACGACUGACACCAUUGCAACAGACACA